AUGGAGAGUGAGAGUGAUCAGAAUAAUGAGAUUGUUGAAGAAGAGUCGAAUGGAAAUAAUAAUAACACUACUAUUUCAUCGAGUUCACGAUGGAAUCCAACCAAGGAACAAAUAACUGUUUUGGAGAAUUUGUAUAAGCAAGGUAUAAAGACACCAAGUGCUGAUGAAAUACAACAGAUAACCGCUAGGCUUAGAGCCUAUGGUCACAUCGAAGGAAAGAAUGUCUUCUACUGGUUUCAGAAUCACAAAGCUAGACAAAGACAGAAGCAGAAGCAAGAAAAUAUCGCUUAUUUCAAUCGGUUUCUUCAUAGACCUCAACCCAUUUUUCCUUCACCACUUUGUCCCAAUACUAUCUGCAGACCAUAUUGCGUACCACAGCAACACAGUCAUGAAUUCAGCUAUUACACUCAAAACCCAAAAGUGCUUCUACCUGCAGUAGGUUAUAGAAGGAACCAAGGUGAUAAAGUUAUGUCAAACUCAAACGUCUGCAAUAAUCCAAUGGUAUAUGAAAAGAACAUGCAACCUAGAAUGUCGGAAUAUGAAACGUUGGAUCUGUUUCCUGUACAUCCAACUGGCAUACUGGAAGGGAAAAAAACUGACCAGGUGUCUUCUAUUGUUUCAGUUUCCGCUGAUACUUCAACUGAUACAAACUCUGGUUCUCCUCAUCAUGUUAUCAAUCAAGAAAAAAAACCCUUCUUUGACUUCUUUUAA